AUGAAGAGUUUGGAAGAAGUGAUGGAAAUUUAUUUGGAUAAUUUAAUUUCCAGUAGCUUGGUAAUUUCUUUCAAUGAUAUAGGUGAUGACCCGACUUGCCAACUACAUGAUAUUGUGCACGACUUUUGUUUGAUAAAAGCAAAAGAGGAAAAGUUGUUCGAGCAGAUAAGUUCAAGUGAUCCAUCUUUUUCUUCUUCAGAUUUGAUGCCACGCAUGGUAAACAUUUCUUAUAAUAAGGAGCAGUUUGGGCUUAACAAUUUCAUCCUGUUUAGUUCAAAAAUGAAAAGGCAUUCUUGUAAGAGCCUCUGUUCUUUGGAGAUAACCAGAGACGAGAUGGAAGAUCGUCUUUCUGAUUCAUGUCACCUAAGAGACUUGAGGCUUCUUAGAGUGUUGAUCUUGUUUCCCUCUUUUAUGAUGGUGAAAGAUUCUUUGCUGAAUGAAAUAGGCAUGUUGAAUCAUUUGAGGAUCUUAAGAAUUAGGACAGAAGUUAAAUCUCUGCCUUCAUCUUUCUCAAAUCUCUGGAAUCUAGAAACCCUCUUGGUUGAUAACGAGUUAUCAACCUUGGUACUAUUACGGAGAAUUUGGGAUCUUGUAAAGUUGCGAGUGCUGUGCACUCAUGCUUGUUCUUUCUUUUCCUUGGAUAUAGAUGAACUAAUACUGAUUGUAGAGGAUUUAAAGUUAGAGAACUUGAGAAUAUUAGAGACCCUCGUGCUUUCCUAUUCGAAAGAAACAGAGGAUAUUUUCAUAAGGUUCCCCAAUCUUCAAAGGCUUGUAUUUGAUCUCAAGGAAUCAUGGGAUUAUUCAACAGAGCUAUAUUGGUUUCCAAACUUGGAUUUCCUUCAUGAACUAGAAACCCUCGAAGUAGUGUUUGAAAGUUCAAUCACAAAUCACAAUGGGCCCUCUGCAGCGACAAAUUGGUCAUGGGAUUUUCACUUGCCUUCCAAUUUUAAAAUAUUGUCGUUGUUGAACUUUCCUCUGACAUCUGAUUCACUAUCAAUAAUAGCGAGACUUCCCAACCUUGAACACUUGUUCCUUACGAGAACAAUCAUCAAGGGGGGAGAAUGGUAUGAAGUAUAA